AUGUCACCUGUGACGGCUGUGCAGGAAGCCGCCGCCCGCCUGGCCGCGGCGUACGCGGGCCCGCGCGCGGAGGAGCUGCGGGCGCAGGAGGGCGCGGUGGCCGCGGCCUGGGCCGAGCUCCGCGGGCGCUGCCAGCGCCGGCGCCGCCUGCUCGGGGACAGCGUGGAGCGAUUCCGCUGCCUCCGCGCUGCCCGCGACCUCCGGCUCUGGAUGGACGGCGUGCAGCUGCAGCUGCAGGCCCGCGAGCGGCCCAGGGAUGUCACCGCGGCCGAGCUGCUGAUCCAGCAGCACCAGGGGCUGCGGGCGGAGCUGGAGGCGCGCGAGGGCUCCUUCGGGGCCUGCGUGGCCGCGGCCACCGCGCUGCUGCAGCGCGGCCACCACGAGGCCGACAAGCUGUCCCAGGAGCUGGCCGAGCUCCAGGAGCGCCGCAGGGACAUCGGGGAGCGCUGGCAGGACAAGCUGGAGUGGCUGCAGACUGUGCUGGAGGUGCUGGUGUUCGGGCGCGACGCGGCCACGGCCGAGGCCUGGCUGGCCAGCAGGGAGCCCCUGGCCCGCGCCCCCGAGCUGGGCUCCAGCCUGGCCGAGGCCGAGACCCUCCUCAAACGGCACCAGAGCUUCCAGAAGGCAGCGGCGGCCUGGGAAGAGAGAUUCGCUGCUCUGAGCCGCCUCACCACGCUGGAGGAGAAGGAGCGGCGGCGGCGGCAGGAGGAGGAGGAGGAGGCGAGGAAGCUGCAGCCCCCCGAGCCCCCCCCGACCCCCCCAGUGGUGCCCCCCGAGAGCCAGGAUGGGGGAGGGGGCGGGGAGGGGGCCCCGCCCACCCCCCAGAGCCGCCCCCCGGAGCCCCCGGCCCUCAACGGGAUCCGCCCCGACGGCGCCGCGGGCCAGGUCCCCAAAGGGGCGCAGGAGGGGGGGCCCGGGCCGGGGGGGGUGGCGGCCACGCUGCCCCCCCGCGCCCCGCCCCCACCCGAGACCCUCGAGGGGGGGCUGUGCCGGAAACAGGAGCUGGAGGCGCCCGGCAAGAGAGCCACCAACAGGUGA